AACAAGCAGGAUAACAACAGGUGAAGAUAUAUCUAGCUACAUCACAACUCAUUGGUAUAUAUUUAAUUUAACUUAUAUUGUAGCUAAGACAGUUGUCAACAGUCGAUUCCCUACUGCAAAAUGAAGAGUUGCAGGUUUCUCAUACUUUUCUUGUCAGUGCUCCUUUGCAGUUUGUUUGCCGAAUCAACCAUAUACAGAGUAGCUCCAUACAAAAAUAGUAGCAGCUGCUAUGACGACCCCAAAUGUAUUGAUUUCAUAAGUUUCCUACUUCAAAAGACGAGCACUGAGAUAGACUCACACUCAAUUUUGGAAUUCUAUCCCGGUAAAUAUUCCAUGGAUAUCACCGAUUUGGAAGAUGAAGUUUAUGAAAUUGAAUUAAGCUCACUAGACAACGUUACUAUCACUUCCAGAGAAGUCGGGCAGAGAGCUAUCAUAAGCUGCAGUAGAGGACUAAAAGUUAUUUGGAUUAUUAAAUACAGUCGAAACAUUCAUAUCCAAGACAUAGAAAUGAUUGAAUGCAGUGGACAUUUCACAGCACUUGAUAACUCGAAUCUCUUAUUGGAAUCCCAAUUCCGUAAUACACCCACUGCAAUACUACUAGUACAGAACACAAAUGUCUUUCUCACAAAUGUACGGGCAUAUAGUUUAAAUGGGUCAGUAUUUCGCAGUAUCGAUACAAGAGGAAGCUUGAACAUUUUAAGUAGUUCACUUCAGGGAAGCACUGAAAUCGUAUAUUCCGAUGGAUUCUCUUCAAGAGGUGUUACUCACAUUACAAUAAAUGGCUCAACACUAUUCCCAGGAAUAUACUACAAGAAUAGCGAGAAAGGCAUAGAAAAGACUCAGAAAGGCAUGACAAUUGAACUUCAAAAUUAUAUUACGGCAGAUAUAACAAUUUUCAAUAAUUUCUUCCUUGGCCGCGAAAAAAUGAUCGGAUUUUUGUUUGCUGUAACGAUUAAAACAUGUUCUCUUUUUGAUAUCUAUAUAUCACACUCACGAUUUUACCACGGAGGAAUACAAAUAGGCGGGGAAAUUUACUGCAACGAACAGCUUAGUUCAGCAUAUGUAAGGCAUUGCGUGAUAAGAAAAAUGCCCAAACAAGGUGGAGUAAUACUCAGCCAAAUUACGUUUCAUAUGUUCAACUCUACAAUCGAGAAUUCUGAGAUAGGACUAAACAUUCGGAAAGGCUCUAAGGGUCGAAUAACUAACUGUUCGAUAAGUAAUACCAAAAACGCUAUGGACAUUACAGACUAUAGCUCAGUCACAUUAGAAGGAGAUGUUUACUUGAGUAGCAAUGAAGGGUCGGAAGGAUUUAGUGCAAUUUCAGCAGAGGAUUCAGUGAUGAGAUUCACAGGAAGAACAGUGAUUGAAAACACUCUAGGGAGAGACAACGCUGCCCUAAAAUCCACUAACACAACCCUCUAUUUUUACGGUGAGACACGCUUUAUUGGAAAUCAAGGCUUCUAUGGAGGUGCCUUAUCCCUGUACAAAUACUCCAUAAUGCACUUUUAUGAGAAUGCCAAUGUUGUGUUUAUCAAUAACCAUGCAUGGAGAAGUGGAGGGGCAAUAUAUGUCACCAGUAUGAGCUAUCUAAGUCCGGUAAGUGACCUGCAAAACCUUUUUAGCAUCAAAUACCAAUGCAUUUUCUAUCGUACGCGUGAGACUCGUGACAGAAAAAACCUACACUUCUGUAACAAUACAUCUAUUCAAGGGGGAGAUGAUAUUUAUGGUGGAUCAAUCAACCGCUGCUACUUUAGAAAGUCAACAGCUGAAUCAGAAAAUCAUUAUAAGUUACCAAGCAAGCAUGAUCUACUAAAUGGGACUACAGUUUGUUCAAGCUAUAACACAUCUUUUCAAACAUCGGUUACAUCGUCACCAUACUAUCUUUGUUUCUGCCAGCCUAGUGGGAUAUUCUGCAACACAGUAGAGAAGGAAACAACCAUUGUACCUGGUCAAACAAUAAAACUCUUAAUAGUAGCAGUUGGUCAACUUCAAGGAGCUACAUUGGCCACAGCACAAGCAAGACUAAUGCUCCCAUACACGGAGCAACUAAAUUCAAACCGCCCGUACAUUCCACGAUCUCAAGCCAGACAACUCUUAGGGCUAACCUGCACCAAGGUACAGUACACUGUACAUGCUCCCAUAGGCAACCAAACAUUAGUACUUGGCAUAAGUGAACUUGCUAAUGAAGAAGUACUAACAAGGCUAGCAGAGUUAAAAAGUGAGUUACUUAGAGAAAAAGUAUAUUUCACAGAUGAAGUUCCCUUACUUCUUCACAUAAUCCUACAACCAUGUCUUCCGGGAUAUAUUUACAACACAGACAAUCUGGCAUGUGAAUGCCUUCAAUCAAUAACAGCUGCUGGUGUACAGUGCAUCAUCGACAAUCAAACAGUGAUCAGGUCUGGCACAGUAUGGGUGAAUGCAACUAACGACACAGUCAUAAUACACAGCCACUGCCCACUGGGAUACUGUAAUCAGAAACAAACCGAGCUAUCUCUAACUAACCCAAGUGUACAGUGCUCUUUCAAACGGUCAGGAACACUAUGUGGCCAGUGUGGAGGUAAUCUCAGUCAGAUGCUGGGAAGUUCAGAGUGUCAAGAAUGCUCUAAUCUCUGGUUACUGUUGAUUAUUCCUGUAACACUAGUCAGUGGAAUGUUAUUGGUGGUGUUGCUUAUGGGCAUGAAUCUCACCGUAGCAACGGGCACUAUUAACGGACUGGUACUCUACGCUAACAUACUCAGAGCUAACAAUGACAUCUAUUUCAGCGUUAAAACUUCCAAGAUAACGGAGAUAUGUAACGUGUUUAUAGCAUGGAUCAACUUGGAUGUCGGUAUCGAGGUUUGUUUCUAUAAUGGACUGGAUGCAUUUUAUAAGACUCUGUUCCAACUAGGCUUCCCUAUCUACAUAUGCACUAUUGCAGUUACUAUCAUAGUAUCAAGUCACUACUCCACGAGAGCUGCUAGGCUAAGCGGAAACAAUGCUGUACAAGUUCUAGCCACUCUUUUUCUCCUAUCGUACUCUAAGAGUAUACGACUUGUGAUUACAAUAUUUUCAUUUACAACGCUUAACCUGGAACACUAUAAUAAUGGAACUAGUGUACCCAAACUUGUGUGGUUAUACGAUGGAAAUAUUGACUAUCUUCAAGGCAAACAUAUCGCUUUAUUUUUGAUUGGAAUUCUCAUUCUAGUUCUGGUAUCAUUCCCAUACACGGCUGUUCUCAUUUUCAUUCCGUGUCUACAGAAGGUGUCUCACCAUCGAUGGCUGACAUGGGUAUGGAAAAUGAAACCUUUAUUCGAUGCUUACACCGGACCAUACAAGAGCAAACAUCGGUAUUGGACUGGGCUAUUGCUACUGCUAAGAGUUCUCCUCUAUGCUACCUUUUCACUAAACAUAGCUGGAGAUCCAUCCAUUAAUUUACUGGCCACGUCCCUAUUAAUGAUGAUCACACUCGCCUACUUACUGCUCAUUGGUAAUGUUUAUAAAUCGAGAGCAUUGAGUAUUCUAGAGAAUGCUUUCCUAUUAAACCUUACCAUGCUAUCAGUGUGCAGUCUCUUUGCUCUAUUGACAGGCCGAGAUCAAGAAUUGAUUACUGACAUAUCCGUCAUUGUUACCAUGACGCUGUUCUGUGGUAUCUUAAUCUAUCAGGCAUACAUGCGUUUAAUGUCACUCAAGAUUAUGAAGAGGUUUGUAAAUAAACAAGAAUCAAAGGAAGAAGAGAACUAUGAAGAAGGUUACGAAGAGAGAGAGAAAAAUGUUGUUACAACGCAGAUUGUGUCAAUUAGCAAUUUAGAAAAGCCACUUUUGGAAAUGGAAGAAGUUACCUCCUAACAGAAACAAAUAAGCACUAAGGAGUUACACACACUAGAACACCACUAGAAGAAUAGAACACCAUAAAGAAAAUUAGAACACUGGAGUGUUGCAUAACGAUUAGCUUAUAGCUUGUGUUUACAAUGUCAUUUAAUAUAAGAAAGCACUGAUUUUUGACAGGAAACACACUUCAAU